CUCUCGCCGACGGGUUCCCCAUUGGGCAAAAUCGGCUUUGGCAUUGUCUUCCCCGCCCCCACCAAUGACGGACCAUCUAACCUGCAAACGCUUCUUAAACAGCUGGGCCCUCACAUUUGCGUUUCUUCCUUUCUAUCCCCUCAAUUCCCCUCUCUACUACCAAACGAUUCUUCAAAAUGGCCCCUACUUCAUUCAAGCUCAACACUGGCCAGGAUAUUCCUGCCGUCGGUCUCGGCACCUGGCAAUCCAAGGCCGGCGAGGUCGAAAAGGCUGUUUCAUACGCCCUCCAGAACGGAUACAAGCUUGUGGACGGGGCCUACUGUUACGGAAACGAAGAUGAAGUCGGUGCUGGCCUCAAGGAAGCCUUUGCCAAUGGCGUCAAGCGCGAGGACGUCUUUGUCAUGACCAAGGUCUGGGCCACCUACAACACCCGUGUCGGCGAGGCCAUCGAAAAGAGCUUGAAGAGCCUUGGAUUGGACUACGUUGACAUGUACCUCAUUCACUGGCCUGUUCUCCUCAACCCCGAAGGCAACGAUGACAAGUUCCCUACCCUCCCCGACGGCUCCCGCGAUAUUCUCCGCGACUGGAACCACGUUGAGGCCUGGAAGCAGAUGGAGGCCCUGGUUGAGACCGGCAAGGUCAAGGCUAUCGGUGUUUGCAACUACAGCAAGAAAUACCUUGAGGAGCUUCUCCCUGUGGCCAAGAUUGUCCCUGCCAUCAACCAGAUCGAGAACCACCCCAGCCUUCCCCAGCAGGAGAUUGUCGAUCUCUGCCGCGAAAAGGGCAUCCACAUUGUCUCCUACAGCCCUCUUGGCAGCACUGGCAGCCCUCUCAUGACGUGCGAGCCUGUCGUCAAGGUUGCUGAGAAGAAGGGUGUUUCGGCGGGCACUGUUCUCCUGAGCUACCAUGUCGCUCGUGGAAGCACUGUCCUCGCCAAGUCUGUCAACCCUGACCGCAUCAAGGCCAACACUCAGAUUGUCGACCUUGACGCUGAGGACAUGAAGCUGCUCAACGAUUACUCUGACGAUCUCACCAAGAGGGGAGAGCUUAAGCGCUACGUCUACCCUCCCUUCGGUGUCGACUUUGGCUUCCCCGACAAGUCGUAAAUACAAAAACUGGCGAUGCUCUAACGAUGAAGUAAUACAUAGACCUUUGAUUUUUGAUAUAAAUGAAUAAAUAAAUUGACAUGAUUUUCUGAUCAGCCCCUGUUUUCUAAUACACUAUAAACUUGCUAAAACGCCACUCAAGAGACUCUGCUCGUCUCUUCAUGCAUGCACGACACCUAACAAAUCAUUUUCAAAUCCAAACUAUUUAGUUAAGCGCUCAUAUCAAUCAUAACCUUCAAGACAAGUUUACCGUCGUCAUCCUUUACCUUGCCGGCAGUCGCAAAGGCCUGGGGAAUAUUCUCCAUGCCCUUGAUGCGAUGUGUGACGAGGGUGCUCAGAUCAGGCAUUCCCCUGGGGGGAUUCGACAGCAUCUCAAUGGCUCGAGGAUAGGUGUUUGCGUAGCGGAAAACACCAACCAAGUCAACUUCACGGAGCGCAGCUGCGGACAUGGGAAGCGUGAGGAUUGGCGUACCCAUGCCGAUAAUCAUGACCUUGCCGCCGGGCUUGGUGC